AUGCCAGGAAGUUUCACACCGUGGAGUGAAGACAAGGUGGCGACACUGCAGGCUCGGCUCCAGAAGAAGUUGGGGCCGGAGUACGUCACGCAGCGUGCCGGACCGGGCGGCGGGCCAAAACUGAGCUAUAUUGAGGGCUGGAAGGUGAUCAAUCUCGCGAACGAAGUAUUCGGCUUCAACGGCUGGUCUUCCUCCAUCACAAGAUUGCAAACUGACUUUCUCGACGUUGAUGCCAACGAGCGCGUCAAGGUUGGCAUCACGGCAAUAAUCCGCAUCACGCUCAAGGAUGGAUGUUAUCAUGAGGACUUGGGAUACGGGCACGCCGAGAACAUCCGAGGGAAGGCGAUGGCGCUUGAGAAGGCGCAGAAGGAGGCCGUGACGGACGGCAUCAAGCGUGCGCUCAAGCACUUCGGCAACGUCCUAGGCAACUGCUUGUACGACAGGGAGUACACCAAGGAGGUGCAGAAGAUGCGUGUGGGGCCAGUGAGCAGUUUCCCCGGCGGUGCUGACCAUUCAGGCCAAGUGGAACCCCGACGAGCUCGAGCGCCGGCCAGAGUUUACUCCGCAGGGUGCAACCCGUCUUCCACCUCCGACAACGGCGCAUGCGACGGCUUCGGCAGUACCGCAGCACAUCUCAGGGAAUCCGAAGCCGUCAGCCCCAGCCCCUCCCGUUCGUGGCCCUGCACCACCAACCAGGAGUGUUCGCGAGGAGACGCCGCUGCGCUCAGUGGACGAGUCGCAAGACCUUGCAUCGCUAGGCGAGGACCCCGAGUAUGCGUUCAUGGAGAGUGA